UCGUUGUGCAAAGUGUUUCUUAGUCAUGGAGCGUGUAGUUUGGGGCGUACUGGUGUCUUUCAUCAUUACUGUGUCCGUUGGUGUGUGCAUUGUGUGGUUGAACAUUGAAAAUAAUUCAAAAAUCCUUCAAGAGCAAAGAGAAUCAAUUGCAGAAAAUCGAGUGCAGUUGGAAUUGAUCCGUGAUCUAUUGAGUAAGAUGCAGCAACAACAGAUGAAUGAAACAAACAUUCUCUCAGAGUUUCAAAAGCCGAUUGAAUUCAAUCUAUUGCGAAAGAUGCAGCAAGAGAUUGCAAAUCAAGGGAAGGAGAUCGCAAAUGAUAGAGAGAAGCUAGCGGACUGGAUGGAAGAGCUUCAAACAUCGAUUAGAACGAAACAAAAUGAGACAGCAAAUAGUUUGAUGGAUGUUCUGCAGGAUAUUGCAACCAACCGAGCUUCACAAGACGAAAGCAUCAAAUUGUUGAAUAGCUUGCAGCAAGAGAUUCAGCAGCAUAAGAGGGAUGAAACAAAUUGGCACACGGAGUCGCAACAGGCAAUCACGGAGAUGCAAAAGCAAUGGAAGGAUAUAGCUAGUGAUCGAGUAAAGGUUUCGAAAUGGCAGCAAGAAGUUCAAACAUCGAUCAGGACUUAUGAAAACAGGACAGCAUAUGAUUUGAAGGAUAUUCUACGGGAUAUUGCAACCAAUAGAGCUUUACAAGAGCAGAGCAUUGAAUUGCUGCAGCAAGACAUGCAAAAAUCCCAGGAGGUAAUCGCAGAUGAUCGGGUCGAACAGGAACAGAACAGGAAAUCAAUCGAUGACUUGUCGAAAAUAAUAAGCGAAUUGAAGUCAGAAUUAUCAACGCAACGCCAGGAAGCCAACAAAAAUCGAAACGAAACCUUUAAAUCUAUUGAGCAAUUAGAACGCGAUCAUAAGCAGAUUCGCUCAAUAUUGAAUAUUCAUCCCGGUUCAUAUCGGUCCUGCAAAGAUGUGCAAACGAAGGCGUCUGGAACGUAUAAUAUCCGAGAAAAGGAUAUUUUUAAUACAUUUGUGGCCUCUUGUGAGCAGGAUAAGCAUGAUGGUGGCUGGAUGGUCAUUCAGCACCGCUUCGACGGAUCUCUUAGCUUCAAUCGCAACUGGACGGACUACAGAAAUGGUUUUGGCGAAGUCGACGGCGAGCACUGGUUGGGACUCGAGCACAUUCAUCAGUUUACAAAGGAGCACGAUUGUGAGUUGUUGGUCGAGAUGAAGGACUUCUUUAACAACUCCAAAUACGCGAGAUACUCCUCGUUUGGAAUUGGGAGCGAAGCUGAGCAAUAUCGCCUGACAACUCUGGGAACGCAUUCCGGAACGGCGGGAGAUUCACUACAGUUUCAUAAAGGAAUGAAAUUUUCGACUCCAGAUAGCGAUAAUGAUAAUAAGGCUGAGGGCAAUUGUGCAAAAACGUGGAGUGGAGGCUGGUGGUUCAAUCAAUGCUAUCAUGCGGAUAUGAAUGGGGUUUAUCGAAAUGCCAGUGGGAUAAAAGAGGACAAUAUCGCCUGGUACGGUUUCAACGAUGAUUGGCGAGGCCUUAGCUUUUCUCGUAUGCUGGUACGUCCAUUGUACUAG